UCUUCUUGGCCCCAAUUUCCUCAUAUAAAUACUGUGUAAACUUCUUCAUCUUCUUCUUCUUCUUCAUAACUCUCCCUUCAAAUGGAAACUCAGAGGAAAAAAAUGGAAACUGAUGGCGUGAAAAAAGUGCGCGGCAUCCUGGUCAUCAAACCCAGAUUUAUCUACCGUCCUCUUUACGGAACAAUCAUCAUCGAUCCAAUUACCCACACUAAGUACAUUCUCCAAAAAGUAAUCGGAGCUUGUGAAAACCAUUUCAUCUACAAAGCUCGUUACUACACAGUCGACGGCCCCGCCAACAAGAGUCUCCUUCCUUCCGGUUACGCCACUGUCAAGUUCAUCCGACCCACACAAGAAGUCUGUCAGAGCCAGGAGGUGGAAGCAUCAAUCCCGAAUUCGAACAUUAUUCACGUCAGCAAUUGGCAUAUUCGUAAUUUCAAAGAAGGAUUCCUUGUUGCAAUGCCUUAUAUGUCAGAAGGAUCGCUACGUUACAUUCUGGCAACUCGAUUUAAGAACGGAUUACCAGAGGAUUGUAUUGCUAUUGCUCUUAAACAAGCACUUCUGGGUUUGUCUGAUCUUCAUAAUUCGGGUCGGGUUCAUCAGCGUUUCAGUGUUGGGAAUAUCUACGUUAAUUUCAUACCGAGACCUAUUUCGAAUGUCGAAAUCAGAUUGGGAUUUGCAGUAACGAUUUACAAAUCGGAUCUCGAACCUUAUAUUUUUUUUGGAGAGGGAAAACUGCCAGACGGUCAACCAGAACAAAAAUACCUACCAAGACAUGAUCUACAAUCGAAUUCAGAUUUGUCUGCUCCGCCGGAGGUGUUCUAUAAAAAAUAUGAUGACAAUCUAAAUCCAGUUAAAUCACCUCUAUUUAAAGAUUAUGAUGAGGUUCACACUGUUAAAUCCGAUAUCUGGUUAGUCGGUAUAGCAGCAUUGGAAUUAGCGUAUGGAAAUUUAAGAAUAAGCAAUCGCAAAGAAUUUGAGGCUCUGAUCAAGAAGAUAAAGAGAUCGAAGAGAUUGCCAGAUAAGUUGGAAGAUCUGAUUGAGGAGAUUCAUGUAGUAAAAGGGAAAGGGAAGAUGAAGAAAGCUGUGGGAUAUUUUAACGACAAGCUGAAGGUAGUGAAAGGUAAAAGGAGUAAGAAGUUUUCGGAAGAGUUUGAGGAGUUGGUGUUGGAUUGUCUUUCUAGUAAAGAAUCAAAGAGGCCAACAGUUAAAGAUCUACUGGAGAGACCUUUUUUUCAGAAUGCUAAGGCCUUGAAAUGGUUUCAACGUCGCGUGUUGUAUGCUAAGGAUCCAAUAAUUGCUGAUGUCUGAUGAUGAAGAAGAUCAAGAUCAUCUAUACAAGUAUAAAUCAUGUAAAUAUUAAUUCAUAGUAUUGGUUGCUAGCUACAUUCACUGUUACACCAGAAAAAGGGCAUAUGGUUACAUGUAUACAGAAAAAAGAAAUAUAGGUUCAUAAUAUUGAUAGAUUCUGAA